AUGCAGUCCUCUCCAAACAUGCUCACUAAGUUUGAGUCGAAAUCCUCUCGAGCCAAGGGAAUCGCAUUCCACCCAAACCGGCCAUGGAUUCUCGUCUCCCUUCACUCCUCCACCAUCCAACUGUGGGAUUACCGCAUGGGAACCCUCAUUGACCGAUUCGAGGAACACGACGGCCCCGUUCGAGGCAUCGACUUCCACCCAACCCAACCCCUGUUUGUGUCCGGCGGUGAUGAUUACAAGAUCAAGGUCUGGAACUACCAGACCCGGAGGUGUCUGUUCACAUUGAAUGGUCAUUUGGAUUAUGUGCGCACAGUUUUCUUCCACCCGGAGCUGCCAUGGAUUCUGUCCGCCUCCGACGACCAGACUAUUAGAAUCUGGAACUGGCAGAACCGUUCCCUGAUCCGUUCGUAUUGGGAUAUCUCCGGUCUGCGCAAGAAGCACUCCGCCCCGACCUCGGUUUCCUUUGAAGACCAAAUGGCUCGCGCCAACCCCAACCAGGCUGAUAUGUUCGGAAACACCGACGCCAUUGUGAAGUUUGUGCUGGAGGGACAUGACCGUGGUGUGAACUGGGUUUCAUUCCACCCCACAUUGCCGCUGAUCGUGUCGGCUGGUGACGAUCGAUUGAUCAAGCUGUGGCGCAUGAGUGGUGGGUUUACUACCCCAGAAGAUCGGUCCAAGGGCGUUUCGCAUACCAAGGCAUGGGAAGUCGACACUUGCCGCGGCCACUUCCAGAACGCCUCCGCUUGUCUGUUCCAUCCUCACCAAGACCUCAUCCUCUCCGUCGGCGAAGACAAGACCAUCCGCGUAUGGGAUCUCAACAAGCGCACUUCCGUCCAAUCCUUCAAGCGUGACCUCGAUCGAUUCUGGGUUAUUGCCGCUCACCCUAAGAUGAACCUGUUUGCCGCGGGCCAUGAUACCGGUGUGAUGGUGUUUAAGCUGGAGCGCGAGCGUCCUGCCUCUGCUGUCUACCAAAACCAGCUCUUCUACAUCACAAAGGAGAAGCACGUAAAGUCCUAUGACUUUGGCAAGAACGUCGAGUCUCCUCCGAUGCUGUCCCUACGCAAACUUGGCUCUCCCUGGGUUCCCCCGCGCACUAUCUCCUACAACCCCGCCGAGCGUGCCAUUCUCGUCACUUCGCCCUCUGACGGUGGCACUUACGAGUUAAUCAACCUUCCUCGGGAUGCCACCGGAGCUGUCGAGCCCACUGAUGUCAAGCGCGGCCAAGCUACAUCUGCUGUUUUCGUCGCUCGUAACCGUUUCGCUGUCUUCAACCCCGCGAGCCAGCAAGUCGACAUCAAGGACCUGAGCAACUCCACCACCAAAACCAUUAAGCCCCCGGCUGGCACCACAGACAUCUACUUCGGUGGCACUGGUUGUCUCUUGUUCAUAACCCCCACUACUGUUGCUCUUUUUGAUAUCCAGCAAAAGAAGCAGCUGGCGGAGGUUACUGUCAGCGGUGUUAAAUAUGUUGUUUGGUCCAAUGACGGUCUCUACUGUGCCCUUCUCAGCAAGCACAAUGUCACGAUUGUGACCAAGACUCUGGAACAGGUCAGCACCCUGCACGAAACCAUCCGUAUCAAGAGUGCCACCUGGGAUGAUUCAGGUGUCCUCAUCUACUCCACUCUAAACCACGUCAAAUACUCCCUUCUGAACGGCGACAAUGGAAUCAUUCGUACCCUUGAUCAGACCGUUUACCUUGUCCGUGUCAAGGGACGCAGCGUCUACUGUCUUGACCGCAACGCCCAGCCUCGGACCCUCGAAAUUGACCCUACCGAGUACCGCUUCAAGCUGUCUCUCGUCAAGCGGAACUACGAUGAGAUGCUCCAGAUCAUCAAGACUUCAAGCUUGGUCGGUCAAAGUAUCAUUUCGUAUCUGCAGAAGAAGGGAUAUCCGGAGAUUGCCCUGCAAUUUGUUCAGGACCCGCAGACCCGUUUCGACCUUGCCCUUGAGUGCGGUAAUCUUGAGGUUGCUGUUGAAAUGGCUCGUGAACUGGAUCGUCCCAACUACUGGAGCCGACUCAGUGCCGAGGCUCUCGCCCACGGUAACCACCAGACUGUCGAGAUGACUUACCAGAAGCAACGCAAUUUCGAUAAGCUGUCCUUCCUCUACCUGACAACCGGUGACCAAGAGAAGCUUUCUCGUAUGGCUAAGAUCGCUGAGCACCGUGGUGACUUCACCUCGCGCUUCCAAAACGCCAUCUACCGUGGGGAUGUCGAGGAUCGGAUUCAAAUGUUCAAGGAGGUUGACCAGUACCCUCUGGCCUACCUGGCCGCCAAGGCUAACGGCUUGACCGAGGAAGCCGAGUCCAUCCUCGAGGCAUGUGGUCUCACUGAGGAUCAGAUCACCCUACCUUCGCUCGAGGGUUCCCUUCAAGUCCCUCGCCCCAUCGUACCUACUUUCAAGUCCAACUGGCCUGUCAAGGCCGCGGGCCACUCUUCAUUUGAGAAGGCCCUUCUCGGUGAAGUUGGCGCUGCUGAUGAAGAAGCCGGUGCCGAUGCCUUCGAGGUCGAGGAAGACGAUGAGGAGGCUGUUCUCGCCAAGGAUACCCUAGAUGAUGAGGAGGAAGACGCCUCUGGGUGGGACAUGGGUGAUGACAUUAAUGUGGAGGAGGAGGUCGACUUCGUCAAUGUUGAGAGCACCGAGGCUGGUGCGGGCAGUUCCGAGGCUGAUAUCUGGGCUCGCAACUCCCCGCUGGCCGCCGACCACGUCGCUGCUGGGUCUUUCGAGACCGCCAUGCAACUCCUGAACCGACAGGUUGGCGCUGUGCAAUUUGCUCCCCUGAAGGAUCGUUUCCUUGAAAUCUUCAAGGCUUCCAAGACUUAUCUUCCUGCGAGUGUCGGUCUGCCACCUCUGGUCAACUACGUGCGGAGAACCACCGAGGAGGAAGAUAUCCGCAAGGUUCUUCCCUUCAUUCCCCGGGAUCUGGAAACCAUUGCAAGCGUCGACCUCCAGGAGGGCUAUGCCGCGAUGCGCUCCAACAAGUUGGAGGACGGUGUGAAGACCUUCAAGCGCAUCCUCCACAACGUGCUUGUCAACACUGUCUCCUCCGAGGCCGAGGUCGAAGAGGCGAAGAAGAUCAUCUCUACCGCUCGCGAAUACGUUCUGGCCAUGUCCAUCGAGCUUGAGCGCCGAAAGCUCUCCACGGAUACCCCUGAGGGUCUCAAGCGCAGCUUGGAGCUGUCGGCAUACUUCACCAUCCCCAAGCUGGAGGUUGCUCACCGACAGCUGGCGCUUAUGGCCGCGAUGAAGCUUGCCUUUGCCAACAAGAACUACAACUCUGCUCUGGGCUUCGCCAGCCGGAUGCUGGCCAACGGAGGAUCGGCCAAGCUUCUGGAGCAGGCCCGCAAGAUCAAGGCUCAAUGCGAGCGCAAUCCCUCGGACCAGAUCGAAGUCGACUUCGACCCCUUCGCCGAGUUCGAUAUCUGUGCCGCAUCUCACACUCCUAUUUUCAGCGGCUCUCCUUUCGUGACGGACCCCUUCACUGGCGCGAAGUACCACGAGCAGUACAAGGGUAGUGUGGACCGGAUAGCCGAUGUCACAGAGAUUGGCGCCCCGGCCAGUGGUCUGCGUUUGUUUGUGCCCAGUCAAUAUUGA